AUGAGUUCUGCGGCUCGUCUCGCAUACGCCACGCUGGCCGAGGCCACGUCGGCGGACGCAGUGCUAUAUGGCAGCUUUCGUUAUCCGGGUACCGAUGACGUGGUCAUUGUGCAGGGCCGCCGCCUCGUGCUCUACACGCUGCUCGCCGCGGCCGAUGACGCCUUCCUGCCGCAGGAUCGUUACGAACCGCCAAGCCGUAUGUUGAGCUGCAAAGAAGACGCGAUUAAGAAGUUCGGUCGCCACUUUGUGUCGGAAUCAUUGCGUUUUGUCGCGGAGACGACAUUGCUGGACGCCCCUGUCGCUACUCGUGUUCUGCAUGAUUGCGUCCUUCACAGCUACCGUCGCGUGUCGCCGCCCGUUGAAGCGCAACCUCCAAGUGAUGCUGAGUUAGACAGUGCCUUGCCAUCAACCAGCCUAGAAGACGCGUCGGCGUCACCGGAUUGUGCCAAGUGUGAGUCGGACGCAGCCGACCCUGAGUCGGAGUCUUCAUCCCAAGCCGCUCCCAGAAAUGAUGGGCACAUUAAAGCACAUACACGCGACGAAUUCCACGCCACUAGCGCGUUACUGCUGACUUUUCAACACGGGCGUUUGCUGACUUGCGCCUUCAACGUGGUGCAGAACACCUUUGUCACCCUGUCCAUGCAUGCUCUCGACCGUCGCGUGGACCUGAAAGACGAGGUGUAUUACACAUCGCUACCCAUUCGCAAGAAGCUACGGACAGUAUCAGUGACCGAGUCGCACGUUUCCGUAUGCGAGGCAGACGGUUGGCGUCUUAUGUCCCGGCGCACUGUGUCGAAGCAGAGCUUCGCCGUUUAUGGCCGUCGUUUCUUGAUCGCCAUGUGCUUCAACGAACGAAUUGUGCAGCUAAUGCCCAUUGUUUUUGAGUUCGCGUGGAGCGUAUCUGCGACGUCACACUGCUACCAGCCGUUCGCCGAGCAUCAGGACUCCAUGUUGAGGCCGGGUGAUGCCGACCAGCACAGCGUCAGUCUAGUGCCGUGGAUACGGGCGGAGAACUUGGUCGGCUUUGAUGUGGAUACUAAGCUCGGUUUUUGCGACGAUCGGUACUUUGUGCGCGGUUUGGACUUGGUAUCUCACCACGGUCGCUGCAUUCUGGGAUUGCUAAUAGCGACCAAGCCGGAGAUCGUGGGUGCACACGUGAUAGAAGGUGACGAUUACGCCAUCGGCGGAAUGAGCUACGUGGGUAUAUCGGUGACUUGCAAAUCUGGUUUUUGCAGCGUGGUUCAGCGGUUAGACGGCCUACCUAUGCAUACGUUCGAGAUUAAGGGCGUGCCCGCUAGCGUUUACGGCACGUCCGGUUUUAUGUUCCGUUCUCUGGACUUUUUGAUGUGGGUGACCGCCAUGUCACCCACCUUCUGCUGGCAGUUUGUGUCGCCGGCGGGACUGCUCAACACGGGUUUUGAGGCCGAGUGCAGGGAUAGGCAAUUCUCACGAUUCCUAGACGCCAUGUAUCUGAAUGUAGACAUGAGCGAAUACCAUCUUGGCUUCGCUGGGAGUUCCUUCGUGUUGGUUCCUCGUCGAUGCGGUAAGGCGUACAUCGGUCGUCCUGUCUGUGGCUACGAAGGCGCCUUGUGUGAUAUAUUCUGGACCAAAUUGGGAGAAAUUGACACUGAGGUCUCAGCGACUGCUUUAGCUAGGCUCGGGGAAAGCAUGGAACUCCUGGCAAGUGGCAGCGGUGUAGAUCUUGCCCGCUACAGUUUGAAUUACCCCGCUACAUUUUUGGAGUUCGAACUGGAGAACGAAAGCUUCGAGAGAAGCUGUUACCCCUUCGAGGUGGACAUCGUCGAAAUUCCCACGAGAGUUGUGUUCACCAAAACACGCAUGCGCGAGGCAUUCGAUUCAGCCAUAGGGGAAGCAUCGCUCGAGUUGCAAGAUUCCGUGGCGAAUUGCGGUGCAGUGCGCGACCCCAAGAACGUCACCCUACCGGAAUUAUGGCAGAUUGGAUGCCUUCGGCUCCCCAAAGCGGGCAAGAGCGUUGAGGAAAUACCGAUUAAUGAGCGUGUGAUUCCGAAGUUUAAGCCACAGCGCCGACCCUACGCAGCAAACUGCCGGCAGAUCACAGAGAUUGGGACGGUUGACUACGUGUGGCCCAAGCAGCAGUCGCUUGUGGGACUGUGCGACGACAGCAAGCUAGUGGUGCUCAUGGAGAAAUACCCUCUGCACAGCGUCAUAUCCGUCCCGGUUCAGAGCGGAUCAACGCUAAUCCCGCUGGAAUAUACCAGACCACAAUGUCCACAGGAUGACGCUGCGCAGUCCGAACAUUCCCGUGACACCCGGCUACUGCUCACCUGGCAAAGCGGCACGUGUACGGUAGAUCUAAACGCAGAUAGAUUCGCCAUCCGGUCCAACGGCUCGCUGGAUCGCCGCCAAGUGAUGCACCACAAAUCUGCAUCUGAACCUGCGCAACUGCCGAUAUCGACGGAUGAACGCACACUGUGCUACGGCACGGUCCUUGGUAACAGGUUCGCUGUGCAGAUAACCCCUACAAAGGCGGUUUUCAUCGAUCUUUGCGGUUACACCCAAGUAUGUUCGAAGGCCUUGACCAAGUUUGAAGAGCCCGAAUCAAAUGUAUGGGCGGCUGAGGUGGCGGACAAUGUCGUGGCAUGCCUAUUCAGAAGCGGUAAUGCUGCGCUGUUGAGCGUGUCGGAAGAGUCCGGAGUGCCAACUUUGAGCGUCACAAGGAGGAUCUCCGGGGGUGUCGUGCAGCAUAUAAGCCUGUAUCGGCCGAGACGCGUGAACAGCACCUUCGGCGAGCUCUGUUUGUUGGUGUUCACCACGAUGGGAACGUUAUUCUGUUAUCGCAUGGACACUUUUGAGCGCAUCUUCGCUUUUAGGGGUAUUACUCAAGUGUUCCCGCGCCUGUUCUCCGACAGUUCCGAAGAGUUGGAAAUAACUGCAGUCACUGUAGAGGAAAUCGAAGAAUCGACACCCACAGUCACCAAGGCAGGACGGCGCCGUGUAGGUAAACGCACGCGGGCAACUUUGGCCGCCGACACACUUGACGAGGACACCUCCCCUGCGACCAGGCCAAAAACAAGAGCCAAGGUCACAGCUACCAGGUCUAAAUCAAGGAAAGUACGCCAAGAGCCAUUAGAGUCCACUGAAGUAUCUGCAUCGGAGCCGGAUCAGCCAUGCGCUACCGAUAUUUUUGAUGACAUCACCCAUCUGCCCUUCGCUGACAGCCUUAACUCCGCUAUUGAGCGCUGGAACAAGUCGCGGCAGUAUGAGGGAACGCUGGAAUAUGUGAUAUCUAUACGCAUGGUGGACAUAGCGCCCACAGAUUUGGGCCCCACCCUGUUGGUGCUCAUGACGGGGCGCCCUCUGCUCGUGUACAGAUCGUAUUUGGUGUCAGGCACUGACUACGUAUUCGAGCUGUUCCCCCACCGUUUUGUAAACCCCAUUCCAAGUGCUUACGUUGACAUGAAUAGCGCGUCUUCCCCCAACCAGCGACUCUUCAUGCAAUUAAAUCGUGAGCACAAUGUGGGCGGCUUCUGCAUCAGCGAUCCGCUUCUGGGACGCCGCAAAAUCGACGACCUCGACAAAUCGGACUUGAAUUACGUCACUGUUUCGUACCCUCAAAUCUCGGCGGAUGACGUGUUCUACUAUUCCGUGUGCGCCGAGAGUACCGAGUUAAGCUCCUCCGCCAAACCGCUAUCGAAAUCGCAACUAACAUCGAGCAGUGAGUUAAGUAGCGCAGUUGAAACGCUGACUAAGCGUUGGAAAAGCUUCCGGCCACCGUGUUUGCGUCUUACGUCGAUAUGUAAUCGGUUACGAAUUCACGAGUACGAGGUCGAGAAUGCGCUUGACAUGGAUACUGUUAUUGGUGAAGCCGAAUCGCGCGUAACGUCUCUGUACAGCAUUGUUACUGGAGAGGACGAAUAUUCUCGCUGUGUGGUGUUCCUCACCCAUCCUGGCACCCUCGUGUUGUGUGUCCCCGGCAUGCUGCAUCAGGAAACCAGCAUAAACGGCCACGUUGGGUUGCAGGAGCUAGUGGCAGGCUCCGAUGAGGCCGAGCACCUGACGUCGAAGCGCCCAUCGGCGACGACGUGGAACCCACUGCUGUGCAGGCUCGAAUUCGAAGACUCGCGUAGUGUACGCGCCAACCUUUUCUGCCGCCGUCUGCGGGAAAACGCCGGAGGCAUCGUGUUCAGCGGCGACCUGCUUUCGCACAUGUUACCUCUGGGUAGCCUGCGCGGCACUUUGACGGCUGUAUCUCAUAGGAAUUACUACCUUUCCAAUGGCAUGAUCAGGGCCAAUCGUAACGCCACCAUCGCGACACUACCACCCGUCGGCGAUAUUCACCCGGUCUAUUGCGGGAAGUUGGUGGCGAUAGUGGUGCGCACGGCAGUGGAUGCGAAGGAAGAGCUUACAGGGGUGCUAAACGAUCGCAUUAACCUGCAGUUGCGUCAACUGGAGUCGGAGACGUUGCCACCAGGCACGAAGCCCAUCGAGAUCAUCGAGCCGAACAAGCAGAUCUGCACCCUUCUUCAAACAAUGGACCUGCUGCCCGAAGACAUGACUCUUUCUCAGCCCGUGUGGCGCGACAUGGUUGUGGUGCUCCACAUGGGCGAUUUGCAGCACUGGUAUGCGGAGUACCGUGCAGAGCCCAUGGAAUCCAUUCUGUCUGUGUCCUUCGGCAUAAUCGGCAAUCGGGAGUACCUGUUGGUUGGCACGUGCACUAACCUGGGCGAGAAUGUUGAGUCCAAGGGUGACGUGAUUGUGAUCGACCUGCAGCCGCUUUACCAACGCCAGCCUUGUAAGGAUGAUGGUGCCGCCUCCGAAGGUAUAAAAGCCAUAAGGAGGUCGGGCAAUUGCGCCACUCUCACUCAGUACUGCAAGCGCAUUUUCCCGGGUGCAGUGUCGUUCCUGUCGUCGCUGAAUACGGACUUCGACCUGAUUUUCCGCCCGAACUUCAACUUCCUAGAAGACCUCGAGAACAUCGAAAAAUUCGACAAUGCCAUGAUUUACGGCAACGAGGACAGUAGCCGAUGGACGCUGUCCCACUUCAUGCCCAACUACGGCUUGUUUGUGCACUCCGUUGGUUCGCGGCUGUUCGUCCACGAGGUGUCCGGCAAGCAGUUCCUGCGUGGCGCCUUUGCCGAGGUGCCGCUGUGCGUCUCUACGGCCUGCGUGUUCGACAAGUGCAUCGUUGUUGGCGAUCUGAACCGCGGCCUCCACUUCUUCAUGUACCGUCACGACGCGGUGAACGACUCCCGAACGUUGUGCAAGAUUGCCGCCACCGUGCAAAAGGUUGACCUGACUGUGGUGGCUUGUGCGCCGCUUGUUAACAUGGACGCGCUGGGACUGAUGGCGAGCGAUUAUUACGCCAACCUGUUGCUGUUUAAAAGCCAGAGCGAGCGCAACGGCCGCGAGACCCUGGUGGUCACAGCAGCUCUACGCCUACCAACUCGCGUGACCCACUUCGUUCGUCGCGAGCCGGAUUUCCGGCACUGUACUGUGCCGUCUGCAGCAGUAAGUUGCCCGUGCAAGCACUCCAAUACUGUUCAGCUUGGUUUUUGCGCCGACGGCAGCGUGCUGCUGACCUUCAUGCCCGAGUCGGCAGUGUUCGAUUUCUUCAAGAACGUGCAAACCGCGAUGGAUGCCAGCGUGGUGCCGCCGCUGGGUGUUAACCGGUGCUCCACCCCGUUCUUCACAUCGCAGAUGUCUCAGACUCAGGCCGUGUGGCCUGGGGACGAGGCCUUGCUGCAUUUGGACGCUCUGAGGACUUUGCCCUUCCAGACCGAGUCAUAUCUGUCAAGCCUCUGCCGCAAGAUUUCGGAGAACAGCUCGCUGCCGUCGUACCAGCUGCUGCACGCGUUGUACGGCGGCCUGCUAUCGGUGUAA